UAAAUGUCAACUUUGUCAAGCAAUUUUUCCUUCUCGAAAAGAGCUUAUAGCUUAUGAAAGAAUUAAACAUAGAAUUAACAAAACUAUACCUCAUCGUAAGCUACUUAAUCAACCUCUCCUUGAGCAAGUUGUAUUUUAUCAAGAUGCGCUUAUAGUUUUUAUUAAAAAAUGUUUUGGUUUUAAUAGAUAUUCAAUAGGCACAAAACAAGUUUCUAUUAAUGCUUUUCCAGAAAAUAUCUUUGGUGAAGAUGGUGAAUUACAAUCAAAGCAAUUAGUCAAUUAUGACUAUUUAAACGUUCUACAAGAUCCAAAGUUGAAAACUAUUAGUUACGUUUUGUUUAAAGAUCAUGAUAGUUCCUACGUAGUCAACUUCAGUUGGUCACGAUCAGAGUUUAAAGAGAACAAUUGUACUUUUCAAUACGAUACUACUACUUGUAAAUUUAUAACGGAUUUGGGUAAAUUUUCUGAACA